CAGUUCAAAUUAUAUUACAAUUUUUAGUGACUCUUCAAAUGUGUGCAGAAUACGUUUCUCUUUUUUGUAUAAAAUAAAAUUACCAAAAUAAAAUAAAAAAUAUGGACACGGACCCUGUCGACUCACCACCGCCGCCGCCGCCGCCAUCCGCACCGCCACUCAACAGCACACCACCCACUACAGCAGGAGACUCAGAUAUAAGAAUGGAACAGGAUGAAGAUCAGAUUUUAGGUGCUAGUGGCGGAGCAGGAGACAAUUCAUUACUGCAUCAAAUUGAACACCAAUUUUCCUGCAUGGCCACCACUGACAAGGACGUUCUUGUUAAACAAUUACAAAAAAUGGUGGGGGAGAGCGUCCUCAACGAGUACGCCGCCGCGUUCUUUCUCGACAUGAACAAUUGGAACCUCCAACUCGCCGUGGGCUCCUAUUUCGACCUGAUUGGAAACUCCCAAUCGCCUCCAACUCAUCAAAAUCUCCACCACUACCCACGCCAUUCCACAAUAAUAACACCCUCACCCAUCUUAGGCUCCACCCCGUCCUUUUCCUGCACCUCCAUCCCACCGCCCCCUCAUUCCGUGGCUCUAGCAGAAAACAAAGCCCAACAAAUCGAACUCGUAUUACAAAACGACGGUCAAACCCGGUGGCCACCGGGAUGCUGUCUGAGAUACGUUCAGGGUGACCUCAACGUCGUUGUGAUGGAUUAUUGUGAUACUAAUGAAGGAGGGAAUUCUGGGAAUGGAAAUCAGUGGACUAUUGAUAAAAUUAACGUUCUGGAGGCGGUGGAGCCCCUCGCCAGCACAACGCUAAAGAUGACAUUCCUCUGUGUUCCAACCCCGAUAACGCCCUCAAAGAUUGAAAUGCAUUGGCAAAUGUGUACUCCGGAUGGGUAUUUAUUUGGUCAAUUGAUCAAUUUUCAAAUUAGUGUGGGCAGUGCGGUGGGGGAUGUCGUUGAACAAUUUGGCAGAUUGGGACAAUAAAUUACUUUUUGUAUUGCUA